AUGUUUCAGCCGUUAGUUAGAAAAUUUUGUAGUUCCGCGCCUCAUGUCCCUGUGAUGGUUCAAGAAGUUUUACAUUUCUUAAAACCGGAAGGCAACCAAACAAUUCUUGAUAUGACCUUUGGCGCUGGAGGGCAUAGUAGACGCAUUUUAGAGCAAACCUCAGAUGUAAAAUUGCUUGCUUUAGAUAGAGAUCCAGUGGCUUUUGGCUAUGCCCAAAAACUGGCCGAAGAAUUUCCAAAUCGGGUAACGCCCUUAUUGGGACGGUUUUCUGAAGUCCCUGAAUUGCUGAGUCAAAAUAAAAUUAGACAGAAUUCGAUUGAUGCAAUAUUGUUUGAUUUUGGAUGCUCUUCAAUGCAGUUUGAUACACCUAGUCGUGGAUUUUCGGUUUCUCAUAACGGGCCCCUUGAUAUGAGAAUGGAUAGUGGGAGGUUUCCUGAGGAUCCCACCGCUGCUGAUGUUUUAGCCAAAGCAACUGAAGAAGAUCUCUACAAGAUAAUUAAAGUAUACGGGGAGGAAAAAAAAGCACGAAAAAUUGCCAGAGCCAUAAUCGAAGCGCGCUACUUGUUCAAGACUUUGUCUACAACAGAAGAAUUGGCGGAUUUGGUUGAUUCAGUUUUUAAUGGAGAAAUAAGAUUAGAUAAAUUACAGCGACCAGCACACAAUGCCACUAAAACUUUUCAGGCUUUGAGGAUUUUUGUUAACAAUGAACUAAACGAAAUUAAUUACGGUUUAAUAAUUGCUCACAAAUAUUUGAAAUUGGGAGGCAGAGUUGUGACUCUUACGUUUCACUCUUUGGAAGAUACUAUUGUUAAAAGACAUCUGUUAGGGAAUUUAAUUGCUAACACUCCAAAUCCGCUUCCUUUGAAAUAUAGCAGUCACUCGUUUGAUGUUGAUGGGAAUUUUGUUAAAGAAGUGAUGGAAUCUAAUUGGCUUAGUUUAACUAAGCAUGUAUUGGUUCCAAAGUACGAGGAAGUGGAAAAUAAUCCAAGAAGUCGUUCAGCCAAGUUGCGAGCAGCAAUCAGAGUCAAAUAAAUAAUUAUUAAGUUAUUAGUUGCUUUGUUUUAUGUAAUAAAAAAUAUGAAGCAAAAA